GAGGAGGAGCUCGCUGUAAUGCAUUUCGCCAGCCUCAUUCACUACACAGACAGACAGAAUGCAGCAGAAUCACUAUCUUUAACAUACCCCCUUCAAACAAUUAGAAUAAUACUGUUUGGGGGAGAAACUGGAAAAAUAAAAAUAAAACUUACCAAUUUAGCAAGAUGGUGUCCUGGAUCAUCUCAAGAUUAGUGGUGCUAAUAUUUGGGACACUGUACCCAGCCUACUCUUCAUACAAGGCGGUAAAAACGAAGAAUGUUAAAGAAUACGUGAAGUGGAUGAUGUACUGGAUAGUCUUUGCGUUUUUCACAACAGCGGAAACGCUCACAGAUAUCAUUCUUUCUUGGUUUCCAUUUUAUUUUGAACUGAAGAUUGCCUUUGUCAUCUGGCUGUUGUCCCCCUACACAAAAGGCUCCAGUGUGCUCUACCGGAAGUUUGUCCACCCAACGCUGUCCAAUAAGGAAAAGGAGAUUGAUGAGUACAUUACCCAGGCCAGGGACCGGAGCUAUGAGACUAUGAUGACGUUUGGAAAGAGGGGACUCAAUCUAGCAGCCAAUGCCGCUGUCACUGCAGCUACCAAGGGUCAGGGCGUCCUCUCAGACAAGCUGCGCAGUUUCAGCAUGCAGGACCUGACGCUGAUUCACGACGAGGAGACGGUGCACCAGCGCAGCUCAGACCCACCCAUGCACACGUCCACCAGCAGCCUGCUGGAGACCAUGGCCGACUCCAGAGGGGGGGGCAGCGCUGGCCGUGGGAAAGCCCAACCAGUGGAGCUACAUCACAGUCAGAAGCUGGACGGGGACCAAUCAGACACGAGGACAGAGCAGUCUGAUGAGGACGCUGCGGACAGAGCCCCGAAACGCACACAGAGCGUGAAGACGGUGAAGAAAACCACAACGAAAACAGAGCCUCAGACAAAAACCGUGAAGAGGCAGCCAAAGAAAAAGACAACAACGGCACCCAGCAGCAACGAAACGGCGUGAGGUCCUUGGAGAGCGCGAGGGGGCUGUCCGCCUGUCCGCCUGUCUGUCUGUCUACCUGCCUUCCGCACGCCCACCCACAUACACACUGCUGAACUACCCCGGCUUCCAGAGGGGCUGAGAUCACACCACUGUUGAGAUGACCCGGGGGUACUGGAUGCUGCAGCAAGCACAAGAGAAGCUGGAGGUGGUUUAUAAAACAGUUUGGUAAUUUGCUUUGAGUUCCGGAUCUUGUCCGGGAUUCAUUUGAGAACUAUUAGCGACCCCUUGUUUUAAAGUUAGGGCCCUCAACAAAGGAAAGUGAGCUUCUUACCAGAAAGUGCUUAGCAUGCUGCCAUUAUUUGAGGGCCUCAUCUUUUGGCUAUAAAAUGAAUACAUGUUUUGUGUAAAUUUAAGCAACAUAACGUAAGCAAAAAUGAGGGUACAUUUUAGGUUUUUAGUUGAAAAAAGGGAGUAUGUUUACUCAGUAGAGUGGUAUUACAUACAAUUAUGUUUUUUAGUUUGGGAAAUAAGUUAAUGUAAUAAAUUAAAAUCAAUUUUGUUUAUAUAUCUAGUAGUAUAGGGCAUAACUUAUAUCCAAAGUGGGUCUUAAGUUUGAAAAAUCAGGCUGAACAAACCGUAGAAAUAUCAUAUUUAAUCCAACUACGCUGUGUUGUUAUAAAUCAAUGUGACAUGAGGCAUAAAUGCGCAGCAGAAAUAUAAUAACCCAAUAUAUAUGCAUUGUUAGUGGGAUAAAGAAACCCACGGCUACAGCAAAAUGUUAAUAUCAGAUUGAUAUUGUUUACUGUGAAGCAGUUUAGCAAAUUGUAACCAGGCACAGCUGUCAGCUAGGAUUUUGUUUUUAAUGAUAGAGAAACCUACUUAUAAUUUAGAAAAUGUUUUCGGGGUUAUUUCAGAUUUGUAAACAAGCAUCGUUUGGUCUGCUUUCCUGAUAAUCAUUCAUCAGUCACGGAAAUUGACUUUAUUUAUACAAGUACUAUAUAUUAUAUUUGUAUAUAUGCUGUAUAUGUAUAUGUACAAUCAUGCCCUGCAUAUACUGUAUGUACCAUGUGUACUAGUUAUGUGUCUUUAUAUAUAUAUAUAUAUAUAUAUAUAUAUAUAUAUAUAGCAUAUACAGUAUACACAGGCAGUUAGAUAUAAUAUACAAUCAUGUAAAUGUAUGUAGAUGCAGCAACAUAUAUAUACAGUAUAUAUACUCUAUAUGGUCAUUCAUUUGAGAAGUCUUCUGUUGUAAAUGUCUAUUUAGUCCUGUUACAUAAUAAUUAUUUUGUUAAUAUCGGUAUAGUUUCAAUCCAAUGUACUUCGAUAUGCUGUAGUGAACGGUUUAUAUUAUUAGUGUAAGGAAAAGCAAUGGAUGUGGCGUCAGAGUAAAAGGCAGAUCAUGACAGAACGAGAUAAGAAGAAAUACCACAAAGCAAAUGAGUGAAAAAGAAACAUUUUGAUUCGUUUGUUUGAAAAGAACAAAAAGACAUAUCGGCUGAAGCAUCAGUUGGGUUUCCUCCGCUGUACUUCCUGCAUUGCUGCACUUCAGAUACCUGGAGCGCAAUCCGUUUUUAUUGAGGAUUCAGAUUUUCACUUGGGAGUGAAGAUAGCUGAGAGGGAUGAUGUUACAGGGAUGAGAGCGUUCAGAUUUUCACUUGGGAGUGAAGAUAGCUGAGAGGGAUGAUGUUGCAGGGAUGAGAGCGUUCAGAUUUUCACUUGGGAGUGAAGAUAGCUGAGAGGGAUGAUGUUACAGGGAUGAGAGCGUUCAGAUUUUCACUUGGGAGUGAAGAUAGCUGAGAGGGAUGAUGUUACAGGGAUGAGAGCGUUCAGAUUUUCACUUGGGAGUGAAGAUAGCUGAGAGGGAUGAUGUUGCAGGGAUGAGAGCGUUCAGAUUUUCACUUGGGAGUGAAGAUAGCUGAGAGGGAUGAUGUUACAGGGAUGAGAGCGUUCAGAUUUUCACUUGGGAGUGAAGAUAGCUGAGAGGGGUGAUGUUACAGGGAUGAGAGCGUUCAGAUUUUCACUUGGGAGUGAAGAUAGCUGAGAGGGAUGAUGUUACAGGGAUGAGAGCGUUCAGAUCUUCACUAAGUUUCCAACUUGUGUUUUUGUGUGUUUUGAUGAAAUAACUAUGUAACACAAUUUUUGUUCCUGGGUAGUAAGUGUUAUUUCCUAAUUGCUUAUGCCUCAAAAGUAUAGAAAAUGGCUAUUAUUCCCCACAAACUUUGCUUUUGUGACCAGGACAGUGAUAUUUUGAAAUUUACCUAUUUCCAAUGAGAAAACGGGCGAAUUUGUGUCUUUUCGUUCACAUAAAGUCAGAAAAAAACAACAUAUGAAUCCAAAUUAACAUGUAUUUAUACUAAAGUAAUACAAAAAUGACUACAAAAGAUUUAGAAGUGAGUAGUUUUUCGAGAUUUACGAUUAUACUGUAAAUCACUUUCAUGAAUCAGCCCCCAAAUGUAGUCUCCCAUCAUGUUCUCGUUAUACUGUCCUUGGUAGCGGCGUUCAAAGUCCAGUAUAUCCUGGUGGAAGCGCUCGCCUUGCUCCUCCGAGUACGCUCCCAUGUUCUCCUUGAAUUUAUCAAGAUGAGCAUCAAGGAUAUGGACUUUGAGGGACAUCCUACAGCCCAUUGUGCCGUAGUUCUUCACCAGAGUCUCAACCAGCUCCACAUAGUUUUCGGCCUUGUGAUUGCCCAGGAAGCCCCGAACCACUGCGACAAAGCUGUUCCAAGCCGCUUUCUCCUUACUAGUGAGCUUCUUGGGGAAUUCAUUGCACUCCAGGAUCUUCUUUAUCUGUGGUCCGACGAAGACACCGGCUUUGACCUUUGCCUCAGACAGCUUAGGGUAGAAGUCUUGAAGGUACUUGAAGGCUGCCGACUCCUUAUCUAGAGCUCUGACAAAUUGUUUCAUAAGGCCCAAUUUGAUGUGCGGUGGUGGCAUCAGCACCUUCCGGGGGUCCACCAGUGGCUCCCACUUGACGUUGUUCCUCCCCAUAGAGAACCCGGUCUGCUGUGGCCAGUCCCGCCUGUGGUAGUGCGCCUUGGUGUCCCUGCUGUCCCAAAGGCAAAGAUAGCAGGGAAACUUGGUAAAACCGCCUUGGAGACCCAUCAGGAAUGCCACCAUUUUGAAGUCUCCUAUGACCUCCCAGCCGUACUCAUCAUACUUCAAGGCGUCCAGCAAGGUCUUGAUGCUGUUGUAAUCCUCUUUGAGGUGCACCGAGUGAGCCAGGGGAAGAGACGGGUACUUGUUACCAUUAUGGAGCAGCACGGCUUUGAGGCUCCUGGAUGAGCUGUCAAUGAAGAGGCGCCACUCAUUCUGGUUACAGGCGAUUCCGAUUGCCUCGAACAGACUGGUCACAUUGUGGCAGAAGCAGAGCCCAUCUUGACGGGUGAAGAAGCUGGAAAAAGCAGCUGGAACUAAACUGAACUGGUGGGCUUAAGGCCCCUGUAUUUAUACUACUAUUUAUAUUACUGGAAAGUUCUAGAAGUUACUCCAAGUUUACUCAGCACUGAAUCUAUCUGGAAUGUUCUGGAAAAUAGGUAAAUUUCAAAAUAUCACUGUCCUGGUCACAAAAGCAAAGUUUGUGGGGAAUAAUAGCCAUUUUCUAUACUUUUGAGGCAUGAGCAAUUAGGAAAUAACACUUACUACCCAGGAACCAAAAAAAAAAAAAAAAUUGUUACACGGUGAUAUCACUCAAAACUGUGUUCCUCCCAAGUUUUUCUCCUACCCUAGAGCACUGUUUCUCAAACUUUUUUGGACCUCUUGUCUGUGGAACUUGACGCCUCCCCCCACCCCCCACUUUGUUUUAAGUAAAUACACAUAGGUUAAGAUGUGCGUGGCCCCCCAGGAUACAUUGUGCGGCCCCCAGUGUGCGAACCAUAGCCCUAGAGUACUCCAGCUGAAAUACCUGAAUCAUACUUUCUGCAUUCAGAUCUCUUUUUCAGAGAUGACACCAAACUGUUGCUCUUUCAGUUUACGAAAAUCCUUGCUUUCUUCAUUCCUAAAAGGGGGCAGAGAUAGCAUUGAGGGUAAACAGUAAGAAGUAUUGAAGGUGUGGAGGCAAGUGAAUAUGCAGUUAGUACUAGGAAAAGACAAUAAGGGUACAAAGAUGAUUAAAGGGGGGCUCAUAUGGAGACAAGGACAAAAGAAUGUGAGGAAUCUGAAGCAAGGAUUACAUCUAGUCGACUUUCGUGAGCAAAAAAUACAACCAGGUAUCUGGUAAUGAUCUGACUGCCAGUGAGGAGCAGUGGAAAUAGCAAACAAGCACUUCUCUAAACCCUGCUCUGCUCCAUACAACCAGUUGCUACCAACAAGUUGGAUCGGUCUGAGCCCUGCUUAACUGGGGUUAUUUAACUCCGAGAUAUCAUAGUAUUGCUCCAGAUACACCUCGUGGCAUACAUAUUGCAUUGCAAGGAUUUUCCGUUUUUUUUUUCCUCAUAUUUUACAGCACUUGCUUUGGAGAUAUUUUUCCUGUGUAUAGUUUACGAACCAAAUUUUGCCUGACAACCGCAGGCAUGACUAUCAGAGAGUCAUAUCUCUGCCCUUGUGUUGCAUUCGAUUAAAUUACUAAAGCUUGUUGUACUGUACGGUGCCAAUUCGAAGUCAAAAACACUCUGAACAGUCAAAACGUCCAAUUACGCAAGAUUAACACAAUGCACUGAUACACUAAAUGAGUCAUACCAUGAAAAUAUAACAGUUUGUUGCAUUGGAUAAGUCAUCGAUAUCAGAAUAUAUGGUAGGCAGAAGACUGUGUGUUAGGAUAUACCCAUCACCACAUUUCCAUUAGAUUGAUAUUGAUGACCUACCAGUGUCCCAAGCAAGCAUGUUCAUAGAAAUGCCCUUCUAUAAUACACACCUUAAAAGGGAUAUCCACUCUGAGUAACAAUCCCUGCCUUCGCUGGUUGUAAACUUUCCAGAGUAUAAGAGAGCUUUUGUUCAGGUGGUAUUACCUGUGAGGGGGGUGGUGGUUGAGGGGGAGAAGGGUUAUGGAUAUUAGAAUGAUAUUAAUGUCAUAUCUGAGAAACAAGUAAAAAAACAAGUAGAAGCAUGUUUAUGGAAUAUGUAAGGGGGUGAACGCUGUAUAUACAUUGAAGUGCAGUUUUCUUAAUUAUAAAAAAAAUUGUUCAUUCUUGUAGAAAUUAUAACUAAAAUACAUAAGGGUUUGUGCUGAGUACCGUAUUCUUUAGGAGAUUUAUUCUAUGUUUACAUUGACUAUAAUAACUUCUUACACUAAUGUCAAUAUUAUUUGAUUUUCAUCAAGACUUUGACUGAACUUGAGUUACAAUGAAUUUAUUUUGAAAUUACUGCCAGUGUAAUGUCUUUUCAGCGUUUUAUUUAUUUGAGAAUAUGGAAAAACAAUUCCACGAUCUUACCAGCAGGUGGCGCAUUUAUCCAAGUUUUUGUUUCACACGGCAGGGGACUGUUCUGUUGCUAUAGUUACUAGGUAUUGUUGCGAGAUCUUUCGAAACUCCGGUGAAUCAUUACAUCUCAGUGUAAAAGCCAUACAGCAAUCAACGAAACCAAGAAAAAAAAAAAGAAAAAAAAAUGUUUCUCCAAAAUUGUCAAAAUUCUUAAUUUGCUGUAGUUUCUUUUCACGUUUGCACCAAAAAAAGCACCUACAAUUGCAUGGACAUAUCAUUUGAUUACAGCAUUCUAAAACACAUACAUGUCUUAAUACAGGUUGAACUGGCCAUUUCUCUGUCUGGAUGCAUGUUUUUUCCUGCUGUAUUUUAGGUUCAGUUUCCUAAUAAUAGGCUUCUAGGCAGGGGUUGGGUUGUGUGCAUUAAAACCUUAAAAUACUAUAGGGUGAUUUUGAAGUCGAUUACUUCCCCCAUGUAUCCCUUCAUUAUCAGUACUGGAGGUAAUUGUAAAGUUGACCCUGUCUUUUAUGGUAUAUGCAAGAGGAUCUGUCACCCAAAGUGCAAAACAGUAAGCCACUCUUAUUCCACGAGGGAGAGAGUCAGCUGUAAAGAGAACACAAUAGAUAGUUAAUGUUCUUCCCCCUGUCUUUAGAGUUGUUGUCAGUUGGUAGUCUACCAUGCACGAGACAACAGCUAUGGCAAAAUAAGGUGUUCUAAACUCUGCUAUAUUGAUUGCCAGAGAGUGGCUUCAUCAUCAUUAUAUAUAUAUAUAUAUAUAUAUUAUUCCUAUAUAUGUGUCUAUAUAUUCUUAUUUUUUAUUUUCAAAUUGAAACACACUGCAACGUAAAGUCACCUUUUAAUAUAAAGACCACUCCUGUAUUCAGUAUUAAGGCCACCAUCAAGUCUUCAAAGAAGAUGAAUACAUUGGGACAGAGCUGGUAACCAUAUCUAAAGGAGUGCUGUUGUAUUCAUGUAUUUGCACUUUAUUAUUAUUUGUUUAUUUAGCAGAUGCCUUUAUCCAAGGCGACUUACAGAGACUAGGGUGUGUGAAUCAGCUGCAGUGUCACUUACAACUACGUCUCACACGAAAGACAGCACAAGGAGGUUAAGUGACUUGCUUGAAAUGAGUCAGUGGCUGAGGUGGAUUUGAACCGAGGACUUCCUGGUUACAAGCCCGGUUCUUUAACCACUGGACCACACAGCCUCCUUUAUAUGCUCCCCUAUCUUUUAGAUUAGUUACUUGCAAGGCAAUGCAAGCCUGGACACGUAUGUAAUACAUACAAUGAACCUUUAAAUAAUAAUAGGGCACAGUGUUAAAAUACACAUGAAUUAAAGCCUUUUCAUGUGUAGAAAAAAUAGAUCACUUCAGCACCUCAUAUGAUUCAUUUUUUAAUGUUUUUUUUUUUUUCAAUAUUGUUUUUGUGUCACCGGUGAGAUUUCUGAUGUUAUUAUUUUACAAAGAACUGCCUAUUUUAAUUGUUUAAAAAUGUUUUACAUAAAAACAAAAAAAAGAAUGGAAUUAAAAGUCUGGAAUGUACAAAAAAGGGAUGUAUUAAAAAUUGAAACCCUUUCUUG